AUGGUGCCUCGGGUGAUCUCCGCAGUCUCUCGGUUUGGAGCGCGUGAGAAGGGCGCCGUUGAGGGAGGGGGCGUCCUCUGUGAGGUAAGAGCGCCCCGCGCGUGCGCGCAGAGGUCUCGCUCCUCCUCCUCCCCCCCCGCUCUCGGAGGCCGCGGCCUGGUUCUCUCCCCUCCCCCACCCCCUAGCUUGCUUUCGCUCGGCGGGCAGGCCCGGCUCGGCUCGUCCGGCCCCCCCCCCGCGCGUCGUCGGUUCGCCGCCCCUCAACGAAGCGACUCCCGCGUCCCCCCCCUGUCCCCUCCUUCUCCUCCUCCUCGGCGGGCGGCGGGCCUCGCUUACCAGGGCCGGCUCCUGGCGCCCGUUGUGGCGGAGCCCCCGGGCUCCCCGCGCCCGGAGAGGAUGUCCGAGCAGGCGGGUUCGGUGAUGCCACAGACCAUGGACAGGAGCUGCUGGGUGUGUUUUGCCACAGAUGAAGAUGACAGAACGGCAGAGUGGGUGAGGCCGUGCAGGUGCAGAGGCUCGACGAAAUGGGUUCACCAGACCUGUCUGCAGCGAUGGGUGGACGAGAAGCAGAGAGGGAACAGCACCGCCCGAGUAGCUUGUCCUCAGUGCAAUGCAGAAUACUUAAUAGUAUUUCCAAAGCUAGGUCCAGUCGUUUACGUCUUGGACCUAGCAGAUCGCCUUAUCUCAAAAGCUUGUCCGUUUGCUGCAGCUGGAAUAAUGGUGGGCUCUAUCUACUGGACUGCUGUCACUUACGGAGCUGUAACAGUGAUGCAGGUUGUGGGUCACAAAGAAGGCCUUGAUGUGAUGGAAAGAGCGGAUCCCUUGUUCCUUUUAAUUGGCCUUCCGACCAUCCCAGUUAUGCUCAUAUUGGGAAAGAUGAUUCGCUGGGAAGACUACGUGCUUAGACUGUGGCGCAAGUAUUCUAACAAGCUGCAGAUCCUGAACAGCAUAUUUCCAGGGAUUGGAUGUCCUGUUCCUCGUAUUCCAGCUGAGGCCAACCCUCUGGCAGAUCACGUCUCUGCUACUCGCAUUCUGUGCGGUGCUCUUGUCUUUCCCACUAUCGCUACAAUAGUUGGCAAGUUGAUGUUUAGCAGUGUUAACUCUAAUCUUCAAAGAACAAUUUUGGGCGGAAUUGCAUUCGUUGCUAUAAAAGGAGCGUUCAAAGUUUAUUUCAAACAGCAGCAAUAUUUGCGACAAGCGCACCGGAAAAUUUUGAACUAUCCCGAGCAGGAAGGCGCAUAAAAGUCUGUCGAUGUAUCAUUCUCCCAGUCUCAUCUGGUGUGUUUGGCAGCAUCGUACCAACUCUGCUGCUUGCCUGCAGAGGUGGAGGUUGGACAAUGUGCUGCUGAUGUG